UGUAUCUUUGAAACAUAUCACCACGGUCCAAAGUUUAAAUACUCAUCGGUUUUUAUAUCACAUGGUCUAGUUUAUUCCUGACUACACAGUAUACUUUCAUCAUGUCUUCGACAGUUGUUUUAAAGGUUUGGGAUGACAGAUUUGAACUCGGAUUACAAGCAUUUUUAACAAAUUAGUAAGGUAUGAGUAAGUCAACAGGAAGGAAACGAACAAAACCUCAAGAAGUAAAUGGGGCAACUAAAAGACAGGAAUCCAAAGAAGAAAAGAUGUUGGACUUGCUGCAUGAUGAAAGAAAAGAGAGAGAAAAGAUUGUGUUAUGGCGACAACCUUUGACAACGCUGCACUACUUUUUCAGAGAGUCAAUUUGCCUCAUCUCAGAGUUUUCACAAAGGUUAUUAAAAAGGAAAAAGACAGUAGCAGCAUGUGUAAUCUUAUUUAUAAUGGCUACAGUUUUGUAUAAAAUUGAAGGACCACAUCAACAGGGAAUAAGUGCAAUGCAGAAGUCUCUACUCUGGUGGGGGUACUGGGUUGGUCUAGGAGUGUUGUCAUCUGUAGGGCUUGGAACAGGAUUGCACACAUUUCUGCUAUAUUUGGGACCACAUAUAGCAGCGGUAACCCUGGCAGCAUAUGAAUGUAAUUCCAUCAACUUUCCUGAACCGCCUUAUCCUAAUGAUAUUAUGUGCCCUGAGGAGGACACCAGCCACAAUGUUAUAACAAUAUGGACAAUUAUCAGUAAAGUCAGAAUUGAAGCCAUCAUGUGGGGUGCAGGGACAGCUAUUGGGGAACUCCCUCCCUACUUCAUGGCCCGGGCAGCUCGCUUAUCUGGUGCUGACUUAGACAGUGAUGACUUCGAAGAGAUUGAAGAACUCCUUCAUGAAAAGCAGAGUCAUCCGGAGGAAAUCGUUAGAAAUUACAGAAAGGGUUUCCUAGAGAGGGCAAAAAUUGGUGUGCAUAAUCUUGUCCAGAGAGUGGGUUUCUUUGGGAUUUUAGCAUGUGCAUCUAUCCCCAAUCCACUGUUUGACCUAGCUGGCAUUACAUGUGGGCAUUUCCUCAUUCCAUUUUGGACCUUUUUUGGUGCCACCCUUAUAGGAAAAGCAAUUAUUAAAAUGCACAUACAGAAAUUCUUCGUAAUAUUCAUAUUUAGUCAUCACCACGUAGAGCAACUUAUCAAACUUAUAGGGGCCAUUCCAAAGUAUGGAGAAUCUUUCCAGACUCCAUUUAAGGAUUAUCUUGAGAAACAAAAGAAGAAACUACACCACAAAGUGGGCUCUAACAUUCCUGGGGAAUCCAAUCUUCUUAGCUGGAUAUUUGAGAAAGUGGUAAUUGUCAUGGUGGCAUAUUUCCUGCUUUCCAUCCUGAACUCUAUGGCUCAAAAGUACCACAAGAGGCUCUGCAAGACAAAGCAUAAAAAAUAUCAACAUUAAAACAGGCUUUCACAUAGUGGUUCCAUAUCCUCAUGUCUAUUAUAUGGUUUUCUCAAGUGAUAAUUAUUAAUUUGUAAUACAGUUGUCAAUUUUGUCUCAGGUUUGGGUAACUUUUGGAAGAUAAUUUCAUAAUUUAGAUCUCAUUGUGCAAGGUUUUUUCUCUCUCUAAAUCAUUAAGUGUGUGCCUAAUUUUCAAAGUUAAAACAGACAAGAGCCUUGCAUUAUAUUUCACUAUUUAUUUCUUUUGUACAUGUGUUUUAGAUUACUUGUACAUAUUACAAACAAUAUAUGUAGAACUGUGUGUUAAAAUGACCAAAUUACAAAUGAAGAGUGUGGCAGUGUAUGACUUUCCACAUGGUGCUCCUGCAAUGUGAUUUUAUAACUCUUCAUUUCAGUAGUCCUGAAUAAAGUUCUACAUGUAUGUUUUAUAUUUUACACUACCUGUGUAUGCAGAAGAAACAAACACUUCACUAAAUUUGGAGUGUACAUGUAUAUCACAAUUAAAAUGUCUUCAAGGAUUUCCAAGUUUGGUUACAGUUUUAUUAUGAUUGAAAUUCAUAUUUGAUUAUUAUUUUCCUCCCUUCCUUAUAGUUUUUUGAACAAUGGCCUGAUGUAGAAUUAACUUCUGAUGGCCUUCGUUGUUGUGGGUGAUACAAUGUACAGUAUGUGUGAAAAUGUUUUGUAUUACUAGAAUUCCAUGGGUACCAUGGUUGUGAAAAUCAAUAAAAAAUACAUCCUUAAUUUUAUGACCUAAGUUGUAUAGUAUAUGUAUAAAUUCUUGCCCAUUUCUUUUUAGAGUUUUAGUGGUUCAGAAUUUUAUUACAACCCCCAAAACACUUAGAUUCAUUACUGAAUAUAGACUUAUUUUUGCUGCAGAUUAAUGUUUGAUAUUUUUACUGUGGACCAAAAUUGUGAAAUUGAAACUCCAGUGAAUAUAAUGUACAUGUAGCUAUAUCAAGCAUUUACUGAGUAUAUAGAAUGGACAUAAAAACGGAUUUAAAACAAGAAACUUUGAAAAUGACAAUGAGCAAAUUUAAAGUUGUGUACUAUAAACAGAUCCAAAAAAGGGAAACAGUUAAUUUGAUUAUGUGUGUGAGAGCUUCGUUUUAUUUUUUUAAUUUUGAUGUAGUGUAGAUUUAUAUUGAAAAAUGUACAUUUUUGGUCACUUGUGUCUCGGAGUGGCUUGUUGAAAAUUCUUGUUAAGUUUGGAUGGUCAUUGUAACACUUUUUAAAAACUUGACUUCACAUGUCUGUAUUUAUAUGUAAAUGUACCAUAGGCUUUGGAUUUAUGCAAUAUAAAUGAGAGUUGCCUUUUUAUAUGUUGCCAUUUUCUUGUGUAUUGAGUGAAGGAAGUUGUAAUGUGUCUCUUGCUGUAGAGAUUAAAAAGUUUAUUCCAUACUAUGAUAGUUUCAGUGUAGCUUGAGAAAUAUAAACUCUAUUAGUUCAUGUGUAAUUGUCAAACUGAAUCAGAUUAUCAUUAAACUGAGUACUAAACAUA